AUGUUGGAAGCGAGCAACGUCUCUCCUUGUCAAACUCCCAUUUUUACAGGAAGGACAGAGCAUAAUAUCCGACUGUUUAAUAAAUGUACCCGUCCCGACAAGCACGAAUUUCUAAUUCUUUUUGAAGGCCACACGGUUAGCGACAGCAAACAAAGCCUAUGA